CUCUUCCUUCUACUUGAUUUGGCUCUCUUGUAUUUGGAUUAUUUUACGUGAUAGGAACUCUAGAGUCUUGCAACAAAAGGAGAAUACUAUUAAUCAAAUUCUAGACAAAAUUAAGCUUCCUCAUUUGUACAGUAGUGCCAUUACCACGUUAAUAAAUAGUUUCCUCAUUUGAACAAACAAAAAAAAAGAUUCCUCACUGUUACAUUUCUUCUUACUUACUUAACUUGAAAGUUAUCUUGAGCUCACAACGCUACCUAGGCUAGGGUUUCUUCUUCAUCAUCAUGGGUGGUGGUUCCAUUGUUUCUUCUAAUGCAGGUAAACAGCAUGAAGAUUCUUGUUCGGAUGAUGAUUUUCCACCCAUUGCCAGGGAUACUCUGCACUUGCAGAAUAAAGACGAUAGAGAAAAUGAAAAGAAUGGAUUAGAUUUCGGGGAAGUUAAUGAAGAAACUGCACAGCCUUCAAAUGGUGUUGGUUUUGUUGUCGGUGAAAGGAAGAGACUUAGUAUCUACCAAGAAAUCCUGCAAAGUUAUGAUGAAUUGAAGAUUGAUAGCAUUAGUUUGAAACAGGCGAAAGAAAAAAUCUUGAGGUAUAGGCCUGGAACAUGGAUUGAGAAAGCCAGGGGCUUAAAGCUACGUGAUUACGAUGUACCAGAGACAACAAGCCUCAUAUUGGUUGGUCCAAGUGGAUCUGGGAAAAGUAGUCUCAUAAAUAGAAUCUCUAAGGUGUUCGAUGACGACAAAUUUGCACCUACAAGAGCACAAGUAUCAUAUAAUUCACUUAGAGGGGAUGGAACAUACUUCCUCCGUGAGCAUAUGAUUCCAAGAGACUCAAAUUCUAUCUGUUUGUAUGAUACACGUAGUUUGUCCAAUAAAUCUCAUGAGAAUAAUGAAAUGCUGAAGAAUUGGAUGACAGAAGGUGUUCAUCAUGGAGAGCUUGUUAUCAGGAGUAAAGAUAAUCAGACACUGACUGAAAGUUUGAAGUGUAAAGGUAACAAGAAAGGCUUCUUUUCCAGUAAGAGCAGAAAAGUUAAUUUUGUAAUAUAUGUCCUUAAUGGUCUUUCGGUUCUGAAUAUGAUGGAGAAUGCUGACGGUGCUUUCAAGGCACGGUAUAUUGAAGAAAUUGUUUCUACUUUCAAUUUCAAUAACCCAUUCCUGUCAUUUAAAGAUGACAAACCUGUACUUGUUUUAACUCAUGGCGAUCUUCUGUCACUCUCUGACCGUGCUCGUGUCCGUGUAUAUUUGGGGGAGGUAUUGGGAAUUCCACCAACAAAGCAAAUCUUUGACAUCCCAGAAUGUGAUGAUCUAGUGACUGAAUCUGCCAUAAUUGGAAUGUUGAGAUAUACUCUUGAGCAUGCUGACAAUAAUAUUCCUCAGAAAACCAAUGUUAUGAAUAAGGUUCAUAAAAUAUCCCUAUCACUAUUCAUGAUUUUGAUGAUGCUAGCAAUAGGAUUUGCCAUUGGCUUGAAACAAAACAACUCCAUCACUUAUGUCACUCAACAGCAAGCACCUCAACCGCACACUUGUAGAGAAGUUCAAGAAACGCUUACAAAUCUGGAAGUUUGUAAAAAGGAACUCGAGACUGAGCGUCUGAAGCUGGAAGUUCCUAAAAUGGAACCCCAGAUAGUGCUUCCAAAACAGGAAGUUCCUGAAGAGGAAUCCAAGGAAGGGUCGCUGUUAUGGUUUUUUCUUUUGAAUGCAACCUUGCCGAUAUGUCUUGUUUUGUGUGGUUGUUGUGUGCGUUCAUAUUAAAGGGGUUAGAAAGUAGCAUAACUAAUUUGACUUGACUUCAGUCUAGCAUGAUGAAUGUAUUUCUUUGGUUAUUUCGUGUAUUAUUACUGUCUGCUCUCAAUGGAAUGGAACAAUUCAUUUUGCAUA